AUUUUCAUAACAGUGCACGCAAUCAAGCAUGAAAACCAAGAUCCAAGUCAGCUGUGAUGGAAAGAUGAAAGGCAGGUCACGCGGCGUGCCAGCCAGGUACGUGUUCGCCGCCGUGGCGAUGCUGGGCAUGUUCUUCAACAUGCUAACAAAUUGUUUCCCUCCGGUCGCUCUUCCUGCGAUGGUGCGGAGGAAUACCUCGGACAUUUCUGAGAAAGAUACGGUGGACGUGUGCAUCUUCGGACAGGCGGGUCAGAACAGCUCCAGCGAAGUGAAGACGGGAAAGUUUGACUGGGAUGAAGUAAUGCAGAGCUACGUGAUGACGGCCGCUUGUUUCGGGCUGGUACCCUCCAUGAUAGUGGCCGGUCGCCUGGUGGAGAUAUGGAGCCCCAAGCUCUUGGUGGCCGUCUCGACGGUCAUGGGAGUGCUGUUCACCAUGCUGUUCCCGGUCUUCGCUAAGUGGGAUGUGAACGCCCUCAUCGUCACGCAGUUUGUGUCAGGCCUCCUCAUGGGCGCACCUAUCCCUGCAAUAAACGCUAUGAUCUCAUCCUGGUUCCCGCCUGAGGAAAGACAAAAACUAGCUGGCAUCACUUUAUCUGCAAUGAACCUCGGUGUUAUCGCUGCGAAUGGCAUCACGGGGAAGAUGGUCGACUCCAUGGACUGGCAGUUCGCCUUCUACAUCAUUCCCUCCUCGCUGCUAGCGUGGAUGCUACUGUGGCACCUCUGUGUGUACGACACCCCCCAAAAACAUCCGAGAAUCUCCCAGGAAGAGCUGGCCUACCUCGCGACCAGCAACGUCAAAGACCAGUUCCAGACGAAAUCCGUGCUGCCCUGGAAGCAGAUGCUGACUUCUCCACCCAUCUGGGCUCAUGUCACUAUGGCUAUCGCCCCAAGCUGGGUUUUUAACACCUACGUCAACAACUUGCCUACGUACAUGGUGGAUGUCCUGCAUUACAGCACAACCCAGACAGGAUACCUCCUAGCCAUUCCACAGCUGUUCUUCUGGAUGAGUGCCAUAUCAUUUGGAUUCAUCUCACAGUGGGUGAAGACCAGCCACUUCAUGGGCCACCUGCUCUCAUACCAUAUUUUCAACGGCAUUGCCACGCUGGGCUCCGCCGCCUGCCUGGCCGCCGUGCCACUGGUGGGGUGCAGCGAGGUCGCUAUUCUGGUCCUGCUGGUCGCCGCGAUGGCCUGCAGCGGCGCCUACAUGGGCGGCAGCAAGCUCAACCACAUGGACCUCGCCAUCAACUACAGCGGCACGCUGUCCGGUGUGCAGGCAGCCUUCGACAUCUCCGGCGCCGUGCUGGCGCCCAUCGUCAACGGCCUCGUCACGAACCACCAGCAAACUUUGACAGCUUGGGGCAGAGUGUUUUACAUUUCUGCCGCUGUAAAUGUGUUCUUCUUCGCCGUGUACCUCAUCUUCGGCUCCGUGGAAGAGCAGCCGUGGAACCGGUCCGUGAUAAGACAAGACCACGAAGAUAAGGGAAAGGUCAAUCAAGCUUCGACAGUCAAUGUAAUGGAACUAUACAAAUAAAAACUUAUAAAUAUUUUUAAAA